UCCAGAUUCUGUGCUCAAGGAUAAAUGAUAAGGUAUGAAUGGGCUCAGCCCGGCAUGUAAGGCAAGGUGUCCGAUUUCCUUCACAAGUAGCUACUGUCUCAUAUCCGACUCGACGUGGUACACAGUGUUCUCAAAGCAAACUACUGUUCAUUCACCUGCUAACUGACACUAAGAAACAGCAUCCAAAAGAGUCUCUUCUGAGCUGUUACCAGAUCAAUUGAACAAUGAAGAGACACGUGCAUGUGCAUUGAAGUUCACAUUUUUCGGUCUUUCUGAAUUUAGUUUUGUUUCACCCAGGUUUCUUUGGUCUGCACAGACUUAUAACUGCACAUAUCAGGUUUCCUCUUUAAAAAGCAGUUAUUGUCCUUUGUCAAGAUAUUCAUCAGUUGGAAAAACAGUCCCUCCGUUGUGAGGGGCUGGAGGAUUAUCCGGGCUGAACAGGUGAGGUUUUAUUAAAGAAAAGGAGGAGCCAACCCAGAGCAGGUCAGAAGAAGAAAACGUUGGGAGACCCAAAAGGUCUGAAGCAUUAAGAUGGUGCUCCUCACCCCAAAGUUCGUCCAAAGAGCAUCGCUCUUUGUGUCUUUCGGGGGCUUGGUAACAACCUUCGUCACGACAUUUCUGCCACUAUGGAAGACGAUGAACUCGGACCUGAAUGAAUUGGAGAACUGGUACGAGGGUCUUUGGCACAUGUGUAUCUACACCGAGGAAGUUGGGGUGCAUUGCAAAGCCUUCGAGUCUUUUUUAGCUCUACCACCAGAUACUCUUGCAUCACGGGUGUUCAUGUGCAUCUCCAUCGUGACGGGGUUGCUCGGCGUGAUCGCUGCGUUUUUCGGACUGGAGGGCGUUGAGAUCGGAGCUGGACGAGAGAGGGUGAAGAGAAAGCUUCUCAUAUUGGGUGGAGUGUUGAUAUGGGUCUCUGGGAUUACGACUCUCGCUGCUGUGUCGUUGAUGGCGUACAUAAUGGUGGUGAAAUUUUGGGAUGAGAACCUUCCAGAUGUGAUGCCACGGUGGGAAUACGGAGAGGCCAUGUUUUCAGCCUGGUUCUCUGGACUUCUACUAGUUGUCGGGGGGACGUUUCUCUUCGUCGCCGUCUGCAUGGGUGAUCACGAAGCAAAACUGCAGAGUCAAAUCCUCGCCAGCAACCAAGAUCAUCGGCCUAUUAAUCAACAUUACAGAAAAACUGAGAUCAUAUAG